AUGCCAGCCCAAACAUCAUUAUAUGAAUACGUGGAUAAAAGGGUUCGCAGUAAUAAAAUAACCCUAAUAAAGUAUGACGAGUUAAAACAAACGGGCGGAGAUGAUUCCACUAUAAUGAAAUGGAGUAGUAAACUAAUAAAAGUAAAAAGGUUGAAAAAUAUUAACAAAUGUAAUGAUAAAGAUGUUAAGCGAUUAACGCAAGAG